AUGCAUGAUAAAGAACCCGUCGAGUCGCGUUCCGUGUCAUCAAGCUCCGACAUCCCUAACCAGGUCAUUCUCGCACGACAACAACCAUCCCGAAGAGGGCAUUCCAAAUCCCGACUCGGAUGCUUCAACUGCAAGCGGAGAAGAGUCAAAUGCGACGAACGUCAACCUGGAUGCGCGCGAUGUGCACGGCUAGGAUUGAGGUGUCAAUACCCACCGCUAGCAUGCCAAGCCCUGCCCGAAACACCAAGAGCUCCGCUGACAAGCUUGGCCCUGGAUGAUCUGAGAUUCCACUAUCAGUUCUUGACCGUGGCAUAUCCGAGUUUGCCGCUAAGGGGGGAUCAUAUUUGGUCGCAGUGUGCGGCCAUGACCCACGGCUAUAACUAUCUGGCGCAUGCUGCCCUGGGUCUUGGUGCUUCUCAUCUAUCGCAAAAUGGCAAUGUCAACUACAAUGCUCAAGCGCUCCAGCACAGAGUCACAGCCAUCAAUCUCAUUAAUCAGCAGAUUGCCGACACUUCACACAAGAGCAUUGCCGAUAGAGAUGCUCUAUUUGCGGCCCUCAUGUGCAUCGCUGCACAGUCUUGUCUCAUGCCACACGGAAUGACCGAGUACCUGGUCAUGUCAAGAGGAGCCACGCUGGUAUCGACUUCCAUGAUGCCUGAAUAUCAUCGGUCUGUGUUUAGAAGCUGGACUCCUGACGCACAUAUCGACAAUAUCCGGGACAUCAUCACGGAUCAACCCAAGGAUAUGAAGAUUAUAGAGGGAUUCAAAGCCUCUGCUUUGGCUCUCGAGCCCCGCUGCCGGACAGAAUGUGAAAAGAUAUACUGUGAAUCCAUGCUCAAAGCUAUAUCCUGGCUUCCGACCUCUUCGCUUGAGGCUUGGAAAGAAUUCGUCACCCUCUUCAUGAUACCCAGCUACUUAAGCACCGAAACAUUCCAGUCAUUCGUUGACCCAAGCAACCACGUUGGCCAGCUCCUCAUCAUUCACACGUUUCUGCUGGACUACAUCAUUGGAAGGUCUGUUCUCGCCCUUUCAGAGGAGCCAAAGUGUCCAGGCCGCAAAAACAUGGUAAUCUCCUGGACCGAGGACGUGGUAGACAGCCUCCCAGAGGAUUACAAAGAGCACGGGGUAUGGUUGAAAGAGUUUUGCCGUGUUCUUGCCAGGCAGGAUGCGCGAUAUCUACUCAGUCCUUGA